CUGUUUGAAUAUUCCAGGCAAUUAUCGCUGCACUUGUUUUGAUGGCUUCAUGUUGGCUCAUGAUGGUCAUAAUUGUCUUGAUGUGGACGAGUGCCUGGAGAACAACGGUGGCUGUCAGCACACCUGUGUCAACGUCAUGGGGAGCUAUGAGUGCCGCUGCAAGGAGGGGUUUUUCCUGAGUGAUAAUCAGCACACGUGCAUUCACCGCUCAGAAGUGACCUGUAACCAUGGAAACGGAGGGUGCCAGCACUCCUGUGAGGACACGGUUGAAGGCCCAGAGUGUAGCUGCCAUCCACAUUACAAGAUGCUCGCAGAUGGGAGGAGCUGCCUCGAGCUAGAGGAUACUGCCCUGGAGGUAACAGAGAGCAAUGCCACGUCAGUGGCCGAUGGGGAUAAACGGGUGAAACGGCGGCUGCUCAUGGAAACAUGUGCUGUCAACAAUGGGGGCUGUGAUCGCACCUGUAAGGAUACUUCCACAGGUGUUCAUUGCAGUUGUCCAGUCGGAUUCACUCUCCAAUUGGAUGGGAAGACUUGUAAAGAUAUUGAUGAGUGCCAGACCCGAAAUGGAGGUUGUGAUCAUUUCUGCAAAAACACCGUGGGCAGUUUUGACUGCAGCUGCAAAAAGGGAUUUAAAUUAUUAACAGAUGAGAAGUCUUGCCAAGAUGUGGAUGAAUGCUCUUUGGAUCGGACCUGUGACCACAGCUGCAUCAACCACCCUGGCACAUUUGCAUGUGCUUGCAACCAAGGGUACACCCUUUAUGGCUUUACCCACUGUGGAGACACCAACGAGUGCAGCAUCAACAAUGGAGGCUGUGAGCAGCUCUGUGUGAACACAGUGGGGAGCUACGAAUGCCAGUGCCACUCUGCAUACAAGCUCCAUUGGAACCAAAAAGAUUGUGUGGAAGUGAAGGGGCUCCUGCCCACUAGUGUAUCACCCCACGUGUCCCUGCAUUGCAGUAAGAGUGGUGGAGGAGACAGGUGCUUCCUCAGAUGUCACUCUGGCAUUCACCUCUCUUCAGGACUGCAAGAGGCCUACUCUGUCACCUGCGGCUCUUCUUCUCUUCUCAGGAGCAAACAGCAAAAGUCAAAUGACUCUGCUUUUGGGGAUGUCGCCACCGUCAAGACAAGUAUAACCUUUAAGCUAAAUGAAGGCAAGUGUAGUUUGAAAAAGGCUGAGCUGUUUCCUGAGAGUCUGCGACCAGCACUACCAGAGAAGCACAGCUCAGUAAAAGAGAGCUUCCUCUACGCAAACCUUACAUGCAGCUCCGGCAAGCAAGUCCUGGGAGCCCCUGGCCGCCCAAGUGCUACUAAGGAAAUGUUUAUCACUGUUGAGUUUGAGCUUGAAACUAACCAAAAGGAGGUGACAGCUUCUUGUGACCUGAGCUGCAUCAUAAAGCGAACAGAGAAGCGGCUCCGGAAAGCCCUCCGCACACUCCGGAAGGCUGUCCACAGGGAGCAGUUCCACCUCCAGCUCUCGGGCAUGGACCUUCAAGUGGCUAAAAAGUCUCCCAUUACACCUGAGCACCAGGCUGAAUCCUGUGGAGUGGGCCAGGGUCAUGUAGAAAACCAAUGUGUCAGUUGCAGGGCUGGGACAUAUUAUGAUGGAACACAAGAACGCUGCAUUUUAUGUCCAAAUGGAACCUUCCAAAAUGAGGAAGGACAAAUCACAUGUGAACCAUGCCCAAGACCAGAAAAUCCUGGGGUCCCGAAGACUCCAGAAGCUUGGAAUAUAUCUGAAUGUGGAGGUCUGUGCCAACCUGGGAAAUAUUCCACAGAUGGUUUUGCACCUUGCCAGCUCUGUGCCCUGGGCACAUUCCAGCCUGAAGCCGGCCGUACUUCCUGCUUCCCCUGUGGAGGAGGCCUCUCUACCAAACACCUGGGAGCCACUUCCUUCCAAGACUGUGAAACCAGAGUUCAAUGUUCUCCUGGACAUUUCUACAACACUACCAUUCACCGAUGUAUUCGUUGCCCAGCAGGAACUUACCAGCCUGAAUUUGGAAAAAAUAACUGUGUUUCCUGCCCAGGAAAUACUACAACUGACUUUGAUGGUUCCACAAACAUAACCCAGUGUAAAAACAGAAGAUGUGGAGGGGAGCUGGGAGAUUUCACAGGCUACAUCGAAUCCCCAAACUACCCAGGAAAUUACCCAGCCAACACUGAAUGUACAUGGACCAUCAACCCACCCCCCAAGCGCCGCAUCUUGAUUGUGGUCCCUGAGAUCUUCCUGCCAGUGGAGGACGACUGUGGGGACUACCUGGUGAUGCGGAAAACCUCUUCAUCUAAUUCUGUGACAACAUAUGAAACAUGCCAGACCUACGAACGACCCAUUGCCUUCACCUCCAGAUCCAAGAAACUGUGGAUUCAGUUUAAGUCCAACGAAGGGAACAGUGCCCGAGGGUUCCAGGUUCCCUACGUGACGUAUGAUGAGGACUACCAGGAACUCAUUGAAGACAUAGUUCGAGAUGGCAGGCUCUAUGCAUCUGAGAACCAUCAGGAAAUACUUAAAGAUAAGAAACUGAUCAAGGCUCUGUUUGAUGUCCUGGCUCACCCCCAGAACUAUUUCAAGUAUACAGCCCAGGAGUCACGGGAGAUGUUUCCAAGAUCCUUUAUUCGAUUGCUACGCUCCAAAGUGUCCAGGUUUUUAAGGCCUUACAAAUGAGUCUGCCCACAUGCCACGCUGUACAGUGCUCAGCCCAGGGGCUGGUGGGACACAGCGUCUGCUUCUGCAGCCUACAUAGUUGGACAUCGCUGCCUCCAGUAGCAGUGACUCGUUAAGAGUUCAGUUUUUAUAAAUAAUACAGAUAUUUUGGUAAAUUGAACUUGGUUUUUCUUUCCCAGCAUUGUGGAUAGGCACAGAGAUGGCUUUGAGUUGCACCUGCUUCUCACUGCUGUGGGCAGAUGUGUUGGACACAUCCAGGGCAGGCUGAACAGCACUUCAGUCAGUUCAGGUGAGACUCACCUGUCCGUGGUCCUUACUCCUCCUCAAGGGGUCUGGGAUGGAAAGGGGGCCACAAAAGGGGACUGCCUUGUCUGAAACUUUAGCUUCCUCCAGCCCAGACUCUCCCUAAGGGUGCCCUCUGCACUCAGUGGGAACUCUGACUAGGCAGAGUUGUGAGGAGGGAGGCAGACAGGGAGAACAGCCCCUCCUGGUUCCUUUGACCCACCUGAGACCUGGGAGGACUCUAGUCUCCAGUUUUCUCCUACCUCUGUGACCUAAGUUUGAUCUCAGGAGUUUCAGCUCUAAGCAGUGAUAAAUAACAAACACUUAAAUCAGAAAGAACUAGAAACGAAAAGAUAAAAACUAGGCACUUCUGCAGAUAUAACAACAUA